CGAGCCGCCCCAGCCUUGGCUCCUCUCCCCGGAACAGGCCCCCGACAGCUGCUCUCGGGAGCCGCCUCCCGACACCCGAGCCCCGCCGGCGCCUCCCGCUCCCGGCUCCUGGCUCCCUCCGCCUCCCCCCUCCCCUCGGCCCAGCCGCCGAGGAGGCCCCGCUCCCGGGGUCGGACGCCUGGGUCUGCGGGGAAGAGCGACAAGAGAGAUGCUGCCCCCACCCCCUUAGGCCCGAGGGAUCAGGAGCUAUGGGGCCAGAGGCCCUCUUAUCUCUACUGCUGCUGCUGCUGCUACUGGUGGCAACUGGAGGUGCCGACAUGAAGGGGCACUUUGACCCUGCCAAGUGCCGCUACGCCCUGGGCAUGCAGGACCGCACCAUCGCCGACAGUGACAUCUCUGCCUCCAGCUCCUGGUCGGACUCCACUGCUGCCCGCCACAGCAGGCUGGAGAGCAGUGACGGGGAUGGGGCAUGGUGCCCGGCAGGGCCGGUGUUUCCCAAGGAGGAGGAGUACCUGCAGGUGGACCUGCGGCAGCUGCACCUGGUGGCUCUGGUGGGCACCCAGGGGCGACAUGCUGGGGGCCUGGGCAAGGAGUUCUCCCCCAGCUACCGGCUGCGUUACUCCCGGGACGGCCACCGCUGGAUGAACUGGAGGGACCGCUGGGGCCAGGAGGUGAUCUCAGGGAAUGAGGACCCCGGGGGAGUGGUGCUGAAGGACCUCGGGCCCCCCAUGGUGGCCCGGCUGGUUCGCUUCUACCCCCGGGCUGACCGGGUCAUGAGCGUGUGUCUGCGGGUGGAGCUCUAUGGCUGUCUCUGGAGGGAUGGACUCCUGUCCUACACAGCCCCUGUGGGGCAGACCAUGUACCUGUCAGAGGCCGUGCACCUUAAUGACUCCACCUAUGAUGGACACAGCGUUGGCGGGCUGCAGUACGGAGGUCUGGGCCAGCUGGCAGAUGGUGUGAUAGGGCUGGAUGACUUCAGGAAGAGCCAGGAGCUGCGGGUCUGGCCUGGCUACGACUAUGUGGGAUGGAGCAACCACAGCUUCCCCAGUGGCUACGUGGGGAUGGAGUUUGAAUUUGAUAGGCUGAGGACCUUCCAGGCCAUGCAGGUUCACUGCAACAAUAUGCACACGCUGGGAGCCCGCCUGCCUGGAGGGGUGGAGUGCCACUUCAAGCGGGGCCCUGCCAUGGCCUGGGAGGGGGAGCCUGUGCGCCAUGCUCUGGGGGGCAGCUUGGGGGACCCCAGAGCCCGGGCUGUCUCGGUGCCCCUGGGGGGCCGCGUGGGCCGCUUUCUGCAGUGCCGCUUCCUCUUUGCGGGGCCUUGGUUACUCUUCAGCGAAAUCGCCUUCAUCUCUGAUGUUGUGAAUGACUCGUCUCUGGCUCUGGGGGGCACCUACCCACCGGCCCCCUGGUGGCCACCUGGUCCCCCUCCCACCAACUUCAGCAGCUUGGAGCUGGAGCCCAGGGGCCAGCAGCCCGUGGCCAAGGCAGAAGGGAGCCCGAGUGCCAUCCUCGUCGGCUGCCUCGUGGCCAUCAUCCUGCUGCUUCUGCUCAUCAUCGCUCUCAUGCUCUGGCGGCUGCACUGGCGCCGGCUCCUCAGCAAGGCUGAGCGUCGGGUAUUGGAUGAAGAGCUGACGGUUCAUCUCUCUGUCCCUGGAGACACUAUCCUCAUCAAUAACUGCCCAGGCCCUCGAGAGCCACCCCCUUACCAGGAGCCCCGGCCCCGUGGGAAUCCACCCCCCUCGGCUCCCAGUGUCCCCAAUGGCUCAGCGUUGCUGCUCUCCAAUCCGGCCUACCGCCUCCUUCUGGCCACUUACGCCCGUCCCCCUCGAGGCCCGGGCCCCCCCACACCCGCCUGGGCCAAACCCACCAACACCCAGGCCUGCAAUGGGCACUAUAUGGAGCCCGAGAAGUCGGGUGCCCCACUUCUGCCCCCACCUCCCCAGAACAGCGUCCCCCAUUAUGCCGAGGCUGACAUUGUCACCCUGCAGGGCGUCACUGGGGGCAACACCUAUGCUGUGCCCGCACUGCCCCCAGGGGCGGUUGGGGACGGGCCUCCCAGAGUGGAUUUCCCCCGGUCGCGGCUCCGCUUCAAGGAGAAGCUUGGCGAGGGCCAGUUUGGUGAGGUGCACCUGUGUGAGGUAGAAAGCCCUCAGGAUCUGGUCAGUCUGGACUUUCCCCUUAAUGUGUGCAAGGGACACCCCUUGCUGGUAGCUGUCAAGAUCCUACGGCCAGAUGCCACCAAGAAUGCCAGGAAUGACUUCCUGAAGGAGGUGAAGAUCAUGUCAAGGCUCAAGGACCCAAACAUCAUCCGGCUGCUGGGCGUGUGUGUGCAAGACGACCCCCUCUGCAUGAUCACCGACUACAUGGAGAACGGCGACCUUAACCAGUUCCUCAGUGCCCACCAGCUGGAGGACAAGGUGGCUGACGGGGUGCCUGAGGAUGGCGAGGCUGGCCAGGGGCCCACCAUCAGCUACCCACAGCUGUUGCACGUGGCAGCCCAGAUCGCCUCAGGCAUGCGCUACCUGGCCACGCUCAACUUUGUGCAUCGGGACCUGGCCACAAGGAAUUGCCUGGUUGGGGAAAAUUUCACCAUCAAAAUCGCUGACUUUGGCAUGAGCCGGAACCUCUAUGCUGGGGACUAUUACCGCGUGCAGGGCCGGGCGGUGCUGCCCAUCCGGUGGAUGGCCUGGGAGUGCAUCCUCAUGGGGAAGUUCACGACUGCAAGUGAUGUGUGGGCCUUUGGGGUGACCCUGUGGGAGGUGCUGAUGCUCUGCCGGGCUCAGCCCUUUGGGCAGCUUACCGAUGAGCAGGUCAUCGAGAACGCAGGGGAGUUCUUCCGGGACCAGGGCCGCCAGGUAUACCUGUCCAGGCCCCCUGCCUGCCCCCUGGGCCUGUAUGAGCUGAUGCUUCGGUGCUGGAGCCGGGAGCCUGAGCAGCGACCACCCUUUUCCCAGCUGCAUCGGUUCCUGGCAGAGGAUGCAGUCAACACAGUGUGAAUCCCAGCGUCUAGCCACACCUCCUCAGGGGAAGCCAGCAGCCCUAAAACAAGAGGAGGCAACCACAACCCCGCCCCACUCCCCCUCCUGACCCGUGAGAGAGGCAGUGUGACGUCAGGUGGGCUGGGCCUGCCCUGGGAGCUGCUGCCAUGCCUUCCCCGACAUGACAUGUUUUCAUGCCCCCUUCCCAUCCCCCCUUCCACCUCCACCUCCUCUCCUAGAAGCUCCUGCGGCCCACCCAGCUGGCCCUGUGGAUGGGAUCCUCUCUGACCUCGCCUAGCCAUCCCUUGGGGCAAAUAAAUAUAGGGCAGACACUGGACAUGGCCCACUGGGGGCGCCUGGGCCCCACUGGACAAUACUGUUUCCUGGAGAGAUGGCUGUGGCCCUCUGGCCUCUCUCUCUCCCUGUCACACACUGGACACCACUGGCUGAGAACGUGGGGGGCGAGGAGGACAAGAGGAGAAGGAUGUUCCCUUGUGCCCACUCCUGGAAUUGUCCUCAGCAUUGACUUCUCCCUCCUCCCUCCCCUGAAACACUGGACCUGGGGGGUGAUCCCUGCCCCCACCCCCCAAUCAUCCCCACUUCCCACCUGCCAUGUUGUAGCUAGAAUUUCUCUACGCCUGUACGUUUCUGUGGAAUAAAUACUGGGAUUAGGGGGAGAGAGGGAGCAAUGGCCUGUGGCCCUGGGGUUGGACAUCUCUAUCGUAGCUGCCACAUUGGUUUUUCUAUAAUCACUUGGGGUUUGUACAUUUUGGGGGGAGAGACACAGAUUUUUACACUAAUAUAUGGACCUAGCUGAGGCAAUUUUAAUCCCCUGCGCUAGGCAGGUAAUAAUAAAGGUUGAGUUUUCCACA